AUGGAUAAUGCCAGCUACCACUCAAGACGUCAGGAGAAAACCCCAGUAACAAGCUGGAAAAAAUAUGACAUUCAACAGUGGCUAUCUUCAAAGGACAUUUCUUUUGAGGACAAUGACACAAAAGCUCAAUUAUUAGAAAAAAUUAAAAAUGUUAAACCUCAAUAUCAAUCCUACGUGAUUGACGAAAUGGCGAAAGAAGCUGGUGUGGAGCAAUGUAUUAAACUUUGUAAAUACAUGUUAUUUAAUGUGAAAAAAAUAAAUGGAGACCUUACUUUAAAUACACGCCUCGUAGAUAAAACGGUUGAUUCUUUCAUAAUCAACGUAUCUGGCGAAACAUCUGAUAGUUCAUCAGAAACAGAUUACUCUGACUAA